AUGGAUCCCAAUCCCGUUCCUGGAGCUGUUCCAACUGCGGCUGGCAUCGACAAAGUCCCCGAGACUGUCGCAACCACCAACAGCGCGGAUGACAAGUCCACAGGACUUGUAGCUCCGGAGACGAAGCCCGUCGAAAACAAGAAAGACGAGGCCGCACCCGUGCCAGAGACAUCAACUGCUACGGCUGCCGAGCCCGCGAAGUCGGCGGAGCCUCCUGCGCUUGCCCCGCCGGCCGACGUGCCGGUCGAUGCGCCAGCCGUACCAGCUGCACCCGAAGCUACCACCGAUGCGCCAAAGCCGGCCUCCGUCGAGGAAGUCCCCGACAAGGACGGCCCAGUUGCGACGGCAGGGACUAAGGAGUCCAAGGCCAUCCGCGCUGGAAAGCCUGCUGAGCAGCCGGCCGCAAGCUCCGCACUUGCCGCCGAGCCCGUCAAGGAAUCCGUCGAGGAGCCUAUUGCGCAAGAGCCAGUCAAGGCGUCCGCCGCCGAAGAGGAUAUGAUCAAGGAGCCUAUCACUGAGAAGCCUGAAGGCGUCAAUGGCGCCGCGACCAAGGAUGUUGAAAUGACAGGCGCUCUCAAUGACGCCGAGCCCACCGGCGCUGGGGAGCGCGAGGCCGCGCCGCAGGCCAUCCCGCCAGAGGCCAAGACGGGCAACAAGCGCAAGGCGGAUGAACUCGCCGAGACCAAUGGUACCAACGGAACAAAUGGUGCCAAUGGCGUUGAGGCCGCCCUCGAGGAAAAGCCCGUGGAGAAGAAGGUCAAGAGGGGACCUGGCCGACCUCCUUCAAACGGCGCUCUAAAGCAAGCCAAGGAGAGUCCCAAGAAGGAAAAGGAAUCUUUUGGUCACAAGGUCGCCAGUAAGGUCAAAAAGGUUCUGCACUCGCCGGGUCGGACUGAGCGCAAGACUCGCUCUCAAGGCCCCGUCUAA